AAAAUACAAUUAUUUGAGUAAAAUAAUGUAUAAUUUUCAAAAUAUUUGUCGCACCUGUUCAUGCCAGGGUGAAUUACGUUCAUUAUUUGUUGCCGAUCCAUUAAUUCUUGCAACUAUGUUAACCGAACUAGUUGAUAUCAAAGUAAUUAAAGAUGAUAAUUAUCCACAAAAUAUUUGUAUGUUUUGUGUAGAAAAAUUAAAAGCUGCAUAUUUGUUUAAAAAACAAUGCCAAGAUAUUCAUGUGAAAUUCGAACGAUAUUUACAAAAUUUAGCCGAAAAUAGCUCGUAUAAUGUUGACUGUAAGGAAGAGGUCAAAGAAGAAAAACCACCAGGUGGCUCUGAAGAUGAUGAUUUUAAUAAUUCCAUCAAAGAAGAAGAUUCAAACCAUUCAGAUGAAUGGAAUGACGAUGAUCUCCCCGAAUCAAACUCACCAGAAGAAUCUGAUAUAAAUAAUUAUAGUGAGAGACGUAAAAAACGUCAUACACGUCGUAACAAAGUCCAGUGUACAGUGUGUAAUAAACUAGUGAUACAUUUACCCCGUCAUAUGCAAACUCAUUCGAAAGAUCCGUUCAAAUGUGAAAUUUGUGAUGCGGAAAUAUUACGAACUAAUUAUUCACGUCAUUUAAAAACGCAUAAAGGAUCGGGUGCAGCUCGUGCACAUUUAUGUACAGUUUGUGGUCGUGGUUUUCGUGAUAAUUAUUCGUUAGGACAACAUUUUCGUACGCAUUCAGGUGAGGCACCGUUCAAGUGUACCCACUGUGAUCGUACGUUUAAACAACAAUCACAAUUAAAAAUUCAUUUAAAUAAACAUUCCACUGCCGCUGCUGAAGAUGAUGUGCAAAAGGUUGAAAAAUCUGAAGAAAUUGAGUGUGAUGAAUGUAAUAAAAAAUUCCGGACUAAAGAAACUUUAUCGCGGCAUAAAUUAUUACAUGGAGAAAAAUCGUAUCUUUGUAAUCAUUGCGGUAAAGAAUUCUAUUCGAAACCGAGUUUAAAUCUACAUAUUCGAACUCAUACCGGUGAAAAACCGUAUAAGUGUACGACAUGUGAUAAAGCAUUUUCACAGGCGUGCUCAUUAAAAUCCCAUCAAAUUGUACAUACCGGUGAAAAACCGUUUAAAUGUUCGACAUGCGAUAAAGCAUUUUCAUUUGCGUCCGUUUUACGAACACAUCAAAAAACUCACACCGACGAGGAGAAAUCAUUUAUGUGUACAUUUUGUGGGAAAUUAUUAGCAUCGAAAUUAUCGUUGAAAGGACAUCAGUUAAUUCAUACGGGGGAUAAACCGUUUACGUGCAAUAUUUGUUACCAAAGUUUUCGACAACAACCACAUUUAAAGAAUCAUUUACGGACGCAUACGGGUGAAAAACCGUAUAAAUGUACGUUGUGUGAGAAAACGUUUGCAGAAAAUAAAAGUUUAACCGUACAUAUGCGAAUACAUACGGGGGAAACACCGUAUAUUUGUACAAUUUGUAAUAAAGGCUUCUACGAUUUAAGUAAUUUGAAGAAACAUCGAAAAUAUCAUAAGAUUCCUGAUGAUGUUGUCGUCCAACCACAAUCGUAGCAUGGAAAAUUUUAGAUUGUAAAGGUAUUUGAACAUUUAAUUUUUUCGAUUUUACAUCGGAGGCGGAUUUAGACUUUGGUCCGUGAGGCCUUGGCUUAGGGCGGCAAUAUUUUAUGGGGCACCGAAAUUUAAAAAGUUUAGUUUAUUUGUACGAGAAGGGUGGGUGCCACGUUGGUUUACACAAACUAAAAAACAAAAAAGUAGGGAGGAAAGACAUAUUUUUUGAGACGGGUAAUGAUUUGAUUCACGAAGGAAGGUGCCUUGCCGUGGGUUUAGAUCACCAUCAAAUCCGCCACUGAUUUUUGUGUUUUGGUUAGCAAUCUAGCAAUCACAGAUUACAAUUUAUUACAUAAAUAGAUAGGCAACUCUACUGUACAUGAAAUGUUGUCCAAAAAGCCACCUGGAGAAAGGCACUUCAGAGAACCAAAAUAGUAAAAAUUUUACAGGGAGUUGCAGAUCUGUUUUAAAUUAAAAAUUAUAAUCUGUGCUAGCAAUUGUUUUUAACAUUUUUCCCGAGAAAGACGUGAAGAAAAAACUUGUUGAUCUCCUUUCAAAUGUACAAAAACGAAAUACUGUUUAAUAAUUAGCAUAUGCCACGAUUAUUUGUAGUUGGGGAAAGGGUGAGACCUUAGCCCCGUGCCAGAUUAUUACCUCAUUAUUUUAAAAAUAAA